GAUUCAACAUGAGCUUUGAUGUAGACUUUCAGCAGUUCAUGAGAAACAGAAGAAACAUCACAAACCUGGCUUAUCGUAUUGGGAGCUACUUUGGUGACACGGGAGCUAAAUAUGUCACAGUCCUGAAUGUGCGUCAGGGGUCGCUGAGAUUGUUUUGGACCAACAACACCUUGAGUGGGACAGUCUGUAGAAAAGAUGUAAGUUCAUGUGGGGUUAAACUCGAGGAAAUUUCUACAACUUUUUUUUAAACAUAACUUGCUGAAAUGAUUCAUCCUGAAACUAUAUUACGAUGACAUUAUAAGUUUUAUUAUGUAUGAGAACAGUUGUAUGUAUCAGUUCUGUGGACACCUAGAGGUUUUGCUGAAAUAUUGUUGGGUUCUACACAUGAUUACUUAAUGCUUGUAAGCGUGACAUACAGAAAUUAGUAGAAAUUUAAAGUAAAUGUAUAACAAAUAUUACGUGAAAAGACCAGCUGGGUAUUUUUAAAUCAUUGAUAUUGCCUUCACGUUUCUUUGUGGCUGGCUGGCUGGCAGGCAAAAUCUUCGGACAGCUAACUGACCCACUUCCCGUCAACCUGUUGAGCUGAAACUUAGCACAAAGACUCGUUGCCGAUGACAACACAUUCUAUCAAUAUAUUUAUUUUUUUAAAAUGUGUACUAUUUUCUGUUGUAUUUCUGAAAUAGUUGGUGAAAUAAAUCUGCGUGUAAAAGCAGGUGGAUCAUUAGAAUGUUAAUAUAAUUCAGGGGGGUGAAAAAAAUGUGCGGUUACGAGCCUUGAGGGGAAACUAAUUUGGAUUCUAUUAAGUGCGGUACUCGUAAAUUCAUGUUUUGUCAAAUUUUCAGCCCCACCCUUCAUUGCUCGUUAUUACAUUUUAUGAAGAAUUUAUAAGAAAAUCUUUGUUUUUUAGAUUUUUAAAAAUUAUAUGGCAUUAACAUGUUUCCAUGAAAAUUCGUCUUCUGUACGCAGGCCAUAAUUAAACUGUACCAACUUUUGAACAAGACAAACGACCUGGCCGCACACCUGGGCCAGCAUCUCAAGCUGACCCAGGUGGGCUACGAGUUGCUGGGGGCCUGCAGUGAAUCCCCCGCCACAACGACCCCUGCUCUGACAACACUCAAGGUUGGGAGCACUCUAGGUGGGUUUGAUGGUCAUGCCAUAGGUGGGUUUGAUGGUCAUGCCGUAGGUGGGUUUGAUGGUCAUGCCGUAGGUGGGUUUGAUGGUCAUGCCGUAGGUGGGUUUGAUGGUCAUGCCGUAGGUGGGUUUGAUGGUCAUGCCGUAGGUGGGUUUGAUGGUCAUGCCGUAGGUGGGUUUGAUGGUCAUGCCGUAGGUGGGUUUGAUGGUCAUGCCGUAGGUGGGUUUGAUGGUCAUGCCGUAGGUGGGUUAAUAGUUUGGAGACCUUGUGUAAUGACAGAGGAAUGACGGUUGAUAGUUUGGAGAUGUUGUGGAAUGGCAGGGGAAUGACGGUUGAUAGUUUGGAGACGUUGUGUAAUGACAGACAAAUGACGGUUGAUAGUUUGGAGACGUUGUGUAAUGACAGACAAAUGACGGUUGAUAGUUUGGAGACGUUGUGUAAUGACAGACAAAUGACGCUUGAUAGUUUGGAGACGUUGUGUAAUGACAGAGGAAUAACGGUUGAUAGUUUGGAGACGUUGUGUAAUGACAGAGGAAUGACGGUUGACAGUUUGGAGACGUUGUGGAAGGACAGAGAAAUGAUGGUUGAUAGUUUGGAGACGUUGUGUAAGGACAGAGGAAUGACGGUUGAUAGUUUGGAGACGUUGUGUAAUGACAGAGGCAUGACGGUUGAUAGUUUGGAGACGUUGUGGAAUGAGAGAGGAAUGAUGGUUGAUAGUUUGGAGACGUUGUGUAAUGACAGAGGAAUGACGGUUGAUAGUUUGGAGACGUUGUGUAAUGACAGACAAAUGACGGUUGAUAGUUUGGAGACGUUGUGUAAGGACAGAGGAAUGACGGUUGAUAGUUUGGAGACCUUGUGUAAUGACAGAGGAAUGACGGUUGAUAUUUUGGAGAUGUUGUGUAAGGACAGAGGAAUGACGGUUGAUAGUUUGGAGACCUUGUGUAAUGACAGAGGAAUGACGGUUGUCCACCGUCUUAAGGUAUUUAAAGUAUUGGCUCUGCCCGUAGGUAUACAAAUGGUGUUAUUUCCAAAAGCUUUACCCUAUUGUGGAUCAUAUUCUGUGUUAAGAUGUCUGUAACUGGAAUGAUGAUUUAACGAAUAAGAGGUAUAACUUGAGUACUGGACUUUAAAUUUACCGGGUUUAAUUGUUGGUCAUUUGCUACUUAUGCUAAAUGUUACCAGCGUGGCCUACAAAUUGCAUUGUUAGUAUAAUAUAGUGUAAACUACACACACAUUUUUCACUCACAAAAUUUCACGGAUACUCAGUUAUCAAAAAACUGACGUCCUUGCAAGUGGCAAAUAAACCGUUUUCAUUCAUUGUUUGUUUUCAGCUCCAGGAUUUAGCAUCUGGGCCCAUGUCAUCCUGCCAGUGAUGAUAGCAUUCUUAGUCUUUGUACUCAUCAUCCUCAUCAUUAUUUUCUGCAACCGGCGACGGAGGCACAGGCAAGCCGUCAUCAAUGCAGAGAAGGAGGCAAUAUCUAAUGACCGUAACCCCAUCAUAUUCCCUGAUGAGAUGGAUGGGGAUGAUCCAGUGCUCCAGGCCAAGGACCCCCUGCUGCUACCGACCGACCCCCACCCGGCAAAUCAAGAGACUCCCCAGACCUCACCAAAAACAGAGAGGGACGACGACACAGACGGAAGGUCUCGUGACUCCAGGGACCAAGAGUGGGCGGAUGCGGAUAGCCGAAGGAAAGACGAGCACAAAGAUAAGCCUCGUAGACAUUCAAGGGACGGCCACAGGAAACACCACCGGGACAAGGACAGCAGGAAGCACAGCAGGGACAAAGACAGGAUGAGCGGGGUCAGUGCCUCGUCGUCCCUGUCGUUUGACAGGCCCAACAAUCAUUACCUGGACGAAGAGGAGGCCGGCUCCAGGAACAGCACACUGACUUCUACCAAGUCAGGGGGGUCGGACAAACGUCAUCCUAAACAGCCCCCUCCCUACUGGCAGUCCCAGUCUGACCCACCCCCAUACAGAUUCCCCCCACCCUACUUGAACAACACGACACAGGUCUGA